AUGGCUAUACGACAGAAGCUUCUGACGAGUUUAAGUUCACGAGCUAAUGAAACAGAAAAAGUGAUUGAUGUUCAAAAUGAACGUUUAAUGGAUGAAGCAUUUGCCAGGUCUUUUGCGACUGUGUGUACAAUAUUUGGUAAUGCACAAUGCGAUGAGUUCGUCUAUCCGGAAUAUCUCAGUCGAUUCUACUAUGUUAUUCAGCAAGGUCUUCGAUUCUAUCAUGGAGAUGAACAACGCUCUCAAGCAAUCAUCGAAUCAAUUCUUUUAAACAGUGGCGAUCUAUUCCGUAUUAACCUGCGAGGUGUUAAUAUCCUUAUUCCUCUCUUUCUCGAUGCAAUUGAAUAUUAUCUUCAUAUUGAUUUACAAUCGUAUAUAAACUAUAAUCUUGGCAUUGUCAAAGGGCCAUUGAAUACAUCGAAUUCUACCAUUCGCGACCGUUUCAUACGUAUUCGUUCGAAAUCUAUACAUAUUUUGAUGUCUAUUAUUAGUUUACCAUUUCAUUACCAACAUCUCGAACAACAUUUAUUUGAAGAUUACCUCGAGAAAUCGCAUGAUGUGCAAACAGCAACCGUGAAGACAUUUCUAGAAUAUCGAUUAAGAAUCUUUCCGUUGUUGUUCUCUGCUCUGCAAACAGAAAUUGACAUUACCAAUGCGCAAUUACUCUUCGGUACGAUUCGACUAGCGUGUUCCUUAGCUGCUCAUUUAGAUCGAGAGCAAGAACAUAAUGGAGACAGUACGAAGAAAGACCCUACCGCUGGUUAUGUCAGUCAUGCAGUAAAUCUCAUCUGUGAGAAAGGUACUAAUGAUUCGCAGUUAUUCUUAGCUGCACUCGACACCCUAAUCUCCAUUGCUACCGAUCCAAUUUGUCAAAUACCUAUUGACACAUGGAAAAAUGUCCUCAAACGUCUCUGUACUUUUGUUGAUACACAGUUACACCGAAGUCCUAAAGAUCACACGCGAGAAAUGCAUUCGACAUGCGUCGCAACGUACAAUACAUUGAUCACACUAAUUAUCGAACGACCCAUGUUACUUGAUGAUUAUGAAAAUCUGUAUAAACUAUGCGAAAUUAUUGAAUUGGGUAUAUCUGGAGAAAAAGCACAGUCAGCGGAUGGACUUGUUUCGAAAAAAGAUAAGGAGUUUCAUCCUGCAUCGCAACGUGUAGCCGAAGCAGCUGAAUAUCUAAUGUUUAUUCUCUUUGAACACAAGGCUGUAUUGCAUUUGAAAGAUGAUAUUUGUCGAAAUUGGUUAGAUGAAUCAAUAUUCACAAAUACAACGUUCAAAUAUUUCGCAAUUAAUGGCAAUACUUUAUUUGCUAUGAGUGAAUUACCGAUUACCGACAAUCACGGAAUGCAAGCGAUUGUUCUGCUCUAUCGCGGACUAUUCGGAAAAAAUGUUUGGACAUCGAAAUUCCGACAUAAUCCUCUGUCAAAUCCCUUGUUACAACCGAACAAAUCAAUUGAACGAUUCGAACAUGAAAAUGGUAAAAAUACCUCUCCACCGACGCCCAAUAUGAAUAGCGACUACAAACAUCGGCCGCUUCCCCUGCAUGGAACAAAGACUGAACGUGCAAAAAGUGAAUUCAGCAUUCCGACAUUGAAUUCCAUAAUCCAACGCGAUGAAGACAAACUGAACUCAUUUCGAGCAUUGAAAACCAAACAAAUAUCAAUUGAAGAACAGGCGAUUGAACGUGCUUAUCUUUCCAAUGAGACAACACAACCAGGAUGUAAACCACCCGAAUGUCAGAAGCAUUUCGAGAGCAUUCGUUUAUUCUUAUCACAUUAUGGAUUCUGUUCAUUGGACGCAAUGCAUCAUCUAAUGAACGCAAAGCAAUGGAAUGAUUCAAAAUUAUUCGGUCGUUUGCAACCAAGAAUUCAAUUGUUAAACUCACAAACAGACACAUUUAUGGAUGAUAUUAGAAAGUUAGAUCACAUCUCACCAACUCUGCACUGUACAGGACAAGUUUAUUAUUUGAAAAAGCAUCAAGCGACACUGCUUGAAUCCUCUUCGAAUCUGAAAACACCCGACGAAUUGAAUCCAGCGUUUUUAACGAUGUUUUCACAGUUCGGGUCAGUUGUCGAAGUGAAGCGACAUUGCGGUUGGACGGGAAAUGCUGCAACAAGUUGGAAAACCAUUGCAUCCGCUCAAUCAGAGACAAAUGCGGCUUCGAAAGUUCUCGCAGAAAUCGACGGUGAAGAUAGUAUCUUAUAUUGGCUUGAUUUGACAUCAGAAAUGGCUUUCUUUUUACCGCAUCACUUUUCUGUGGAUCACCAAAGUUCAGAAAUGCGAAUCUUGAUUGUUUGGCUAGAAGAAUUCCGUGACGAUCUCGACUCCAUUCUACCUGCUCAAGAAUCAUCAACAAAAGCUCGUGAUAUCUGCAUUAUCGGUAUUCAUCCGUUAAAAACUCACUUAUUUCGUAUUUUACUCAAUUCGAGCGCUCAACGAAUGCAAUCAGCAUGUGCGAGUAUUCCAUUACUCGAUGGCAUGGUCAUUCCACUACAUCUCCUCUCAUUCUAUCUUCGUCAAGCUGUAUACAAUCUAAGUCGCCGAAAGCGCUUAGAAGAUAGUCAAAGUUCGCAAACGACUUACUUGUUACGGAAAACUCGCAUCAGUAAAAUCAUUGAAAAAUAUCAACAUCAAAUCAAUCAUCUCGACGAAUUCUUCCAAAACAUCUUCUUUCUAUCAACGAACAAAUCCGAACAUUUAACAGAAUCGCUAACUGAUCGCAACUCUGUCCUUGAUGUAGAAUUAUAG